GGAAGAGAAACAGAGAUGGGAUGUAGAGAAACAGAGAAAGAAAAAGUAAAGAAGAAAGGAUUAUGAUCACCUGAGGAAGAUGAAAAGUUAAGAAGCUUCAUCCUCAAGAAUGGGCAUGGCUGUUGGACUUCUGUCCCCAUUAAAGCUGGAUUAUUAAGAAACUCAAAGAGCUGCAGAUUGAGAUGGUUCAAUUACUUGAGGCCAGGGUUGAAAAGAGGAAUGUUUAGCCAGCAAGAAGAUGAGAAAAUCUUGACCCUUCAUCGCUUGUUAGGCAACAGGUGGUCUCAAAUAGCACAGCAUUUAGCAGGAAGAACAGACAACGAGAUAAAGAACUAUUGGAAUUCUCAUCUGAAGAAGAAAGUGGUCUUGAAUUUCCAAGAUUUCAAAAGUGGAGUUUUUUCGAAUCGAGAUCCGCCGUUGGAGGAGAUGGGAAGUUCGGGAAAUGAGCGGAUUGAAAGCCAACCGAGGGUCUUGUUUGCAGAAUGGCUUUCUGUGUCUGAUGUUAAUGGCGGGAGCUCCAUGGAAGGAAGUUUUGAUGGUGAGGGAAGAAGAAGAACAAGUAGAGAGGGCUAUGGUUUUGAGAUGCUCAAUUGGGACCUUGAUUUUGAGGGACACAUUUCUGAUGGCUUUGCAACUUGUGAUCAAUUGUGUCGAGAGCAAACGGGCUAAAAGGAGGAAGCAAGAAGCAAGGGCUCGAGAAGGAAGGUCGUUUUAUGAGGGUAUCCAUCAUGGACUUGGCAGCUAAGCCUUCGGUAGGGCAAGCCAAAUCGUUCAAAGAAAUUUCAGUAGCAUUUGGUGGGAUGGUUGGUUUGAAAGUUAAGAGCUUGGAGUAUUCAUUUAGAGUAUGAAACAUGUAAUCAUACACCUUGUCCAUGUUUAGUUGCUCUUCCAUGAACUUACUUGCUGCCUUCCCAAUUGCUUGUGCCUAACAAGGACAUUUAAGAAACAUAAAUUUUAGCCAAUCAAGGUUUUCAUAGUUUUUCUCACACAA